CCGCCGACCUCCGGCCAGUGCCCUCAGGCUCCCUGUACGGCUCGGUCCUUGGCGCCCGUGUGCGUCCCCCGCGCCCCUCUGUCCCUCCCCGGAGGCCCCCGGACGCACCGUGUGGACCGCGGGAACUCCCUCGCUUCCUUGCGGGGACUGACGGACCGAAAGACCAGGGAUCGCCCCGAUCCGACUGUUGGCAUGGAGCGCUGGCCCGGGCUGGGACGGACCAGGUAGGGGCUCCCCGGAAGGCAGACCGGACGGCCGAGCUGCGGGACAGCGAUGUCUCCUCACUGAGGGGCAGCCCGCUGUUCCGGACGGGCUCGCCAAGACUGACCCGUCCAGGACAAAGCCAUCCGGGGGGACCCAACCAGGGUGAAGGGUCGUAAGUGACAGGCCCCGCCGGGCUCAUCAGCCCAGCUCCGGUCACCGACCUCCUGUCCCCCCUACCGGCGCAGACAUGGAGAAGAUGUCCCGAGUGACCACGGCCCUGGGUGGCAGCGCGCUGACCGGCCGCACCAUGCACUGCCACCUGGAUGCGCCGGCCAAUGCCAUCAGCGUGUGCCGGGACGCGGCCCAGGUGGUCGUGGCCGGCCGCAGCAUCUUCAAGAUCUACGCCAUUGAGGACGAGCAGUUUGUGGAGAAGCUGAACCUCCGUGUGGGCCGCAAGCCCUCGCUCAACCUGAGCUGCGCGGACGUGGUCUGGCACCAGAUGGAUGAAAACCUGCUGGCCACGGCGGCCACCAACGGUGUGGUGGUCACCUGGAACCUGGGACGGCCGUCCCGGAACAAGCAGGACCAGCUGUUCACAGAGCACAAGCGCACGGUGAACAAAGUCUGCUUCCACCCCACCGAGGCCCACGUGCUGCUCAGCGGCUCCCAGGACGGCUUCAUGAAGUGCUUCGACCUCCGCAGGAAGGACUCCGUCAGCACCUUCUCGGGCCAGUCGGAGAGCGUGCGGGACGUCCAAUUCAGCAUCCGGGACUACUUCACCUUCGCCUCCACCUUCGAGAAUGGCAACGUGCAGCUCUGGGACAUCCGGCGGCCCGACCGCUGCGAGAGGAUGUUCACUGCCCACAACGGGCCUGUCUUCUGCUGCGACUGGCACCCUGAGGACAGGGGCUGGCUGGCCACAGGUGGGCGUGACAAGAUGGUGAAGGUCUGGGACAUGACCACGCACCGCGCCAAGGAGGUGCACUGCGUGCAGACCAUCGCCUCGGUAGCCCGAGUCAAGUGGCGGCCUGAGUGCCGACACCACCUGGCUACCUGCUCCAUGAUGGUGGACCAUAACAUCUACGUGUGGGACGUGCGCCGGCCUUUUGUCCCGGCUGCCAUGUUUGAGGAGCACCGUGACGUCACAACAGGCAUUGCCUGGCGCCACCCCCACGACCCUUCCUUCCUGCUCUCCGGCUCGAAGGACAGCACACUGUGCCAGCACCUGUUCCGCGAUGCCAGCCAGCCUGUCGAGCGUGCCAACCCCGAGGGCCUCUGCUAUGGCCUCUUUGGGGACCUGGCCUUUGCUGCUAAGGAGAGCCUGGUGUCCACCGAGUCUGGGCGCAAGCCCUAUGCCGGUGAUCGGCGCCACCCCAUCUUCUUCAAGCGCAAGCUGGACCCUGCCGAGCCUUUUGUGGGCCUUGCGUCUAGUGCCCUCAGUGUCUUUGAGAUGGAGCCUGGCAGCGGCAGCAUGAGCUGGUUCGUGGACACCGCUGAGCGUUACGCCCUGGCCGGUCGGCCUCUUGCCGAGCUUUGUGACCACAAUGCCAAAGUGGCUCGGGAGCUUGGCCGAAACCAGGUAGCGCAGACCUGGACCAUGCUGCGGGUCAUCUACUCUAGCCCUGGCCUGGCGUCUGCCGCCAGCCUCAACCACAGCGUGGGCAAGGGCAGCUCCUGCGGUUUGCCACUCAUGAACAGUUUCAACCUGAAAGAUAUGGCCCCAGGGUUGGGCAGUGAGACCAGGCUGGACCGUAGCAAGGGAGACACACGGAGCGACACAGUGCUGCUUGACUCCUCGACCACACUCAUCACCAAUGAGGAUAACGAAGAGACAGAGGGCAGCGAUGUGCCUGCAGACUACCUGCUGGGCGACGUGGAGGGCGAGGAGGACGAGCUGUACCUGCUGGACCCGGAACACGCACACCCGGAGGAACCGGAGUACGUGCUGCCUCAGGAAGCCUUCCCCCUGCGCCACGAGAUUGUGGACACGCCCCCGGGCCCCGAGCACCUGCAGGACAAGGCGGACUCCCCGCACGUGAGCGGCAGCGAGGCAGACGCAGCUUCCCUGGCGCCCGUGGACUCCUCCUUCUCGCUCAUCUCCGUGUCACAUGCUCUCUACGACACCCGCCUGCCCCCCGACUUCUUCAGUGCCCUGGUGUGUGACAUGCUGCGCUUUUACGCAGAGCAGGGUGACGUGCAGAUGGCUGUGUCCGUGCUCAUUGUGCUGGGCGAGCGUGUGCGAAAGGACAUCGACGAGCAGACGCAGGAGCACUGGUACACGUCCUACAUCGACCUGCUGCAGCGCUUCUGCCUCUGGAACGUGUCCAACCAGGUGGUCAAGCUGAGCACCAGCCGCGCCAUCAGCUGCCUCAACCAGGCGUCCACCACGCUGCACGUCAACUGCAGCCACUGCAAGCGGCCCAUGAGCAGCCGUGGCUGGGUGUGUGACCGCUGCCACCGCUGCGCCAGCAUGUGUGCCGUCUGCCACCACGUGGUCAAGGGGCUGUUCGUGUGGUGCCAGGGCUGCAGCCACGGCGGCCAUCUGCAGCACAUCAUGAAGUGGCUGGAGGGCAGCUCGCACUGCCCCGCGGGCUGCGGCCACCUGUGCGAGUACUCCUGACCCGCCUGCGCGGGCUCGGCCGGGGCGGGGCGGGGGCCACAAAUAAAGGAGGCAGCAGCCGC